UUUCCGAAACUGUCGAAUUCGCGUAUCCGUGACCUGGCGUAGUGUGGGAAAGUGGAAUGGGAAGUUCUCGAUGCACCUGGUGCCCGAUUUGGUAACAUUGUCGUAGGUUUCGAUUUUGUUCCGCGUACCCUUGAAACUAACCAAACCUUAAAAGUUCGUGAUGAAGUAUGAAGCGUCUCGGUGAAGUAUGUAAUUUGUAUACCAGUGAUUCAGUGCAGACGCGAACAGAAAUUCAUUGUGUUUCCGUUGCUUGCGUAACGUGCACGUACCUCGUUAUCUCUUAAACUAAUUGUUCCUUUUCGGUUUAAAAAACCCUACUUAAGUUAUGUGAAAUUUACCAAACAUAAAGUAUCACAGUAUUGUUGCAAUUGCUGGUUCGACGAUCCCCGACAAAGCACUUCGAAAUAACAAACAGGGCUCUCAAUCGCUAUCUUUUUAUGAACGUGCAUUUAUUGUGUGACUAAUUUGGAGCUGAUCUAAACUCGAUACUUAAUCGUGUGAUUGGUGAACGUGAAAAUCGUGCAAGUGAUGCAUCCUCUUUCGAUGCUGGAUAGUGUUCGUGAAACAGUAAGAAGAUCAAAAUAUAAGUUAAAUUUUUCAUUUUGAUAAAAACGAUUGGGUUCGAUCUGCAAGAGUCACUGGAAAACAUGGAGAUGGUUAAUGCCAAGGAACUCAUAGAGGAUGCACGCCAACUUGAUAAAAUAAACACAGGGCAAACUGAUAGAGCAACAGUAGCAGAUGUUGAGCUGAUGUUUAUAAAAGAAGGGGGUGGCGACGACGACGACGAUGAUUACGAGGGUACGACGCACCUGGUCCGCGUUCCACGAACACAGGACAAUGAUUCCUCGAGUCCCGUUUCCACGGUGAAGAUUAACAUCGAGGGUAUGAGUUGCCAAAGCUGCGUGAAGAACAUCGAGGGAACCAUAGGCAGCCGAUCGGAGAUCGUGAAUAUCAAGGUCGUUCUAGAAGAGAGGAUCGGUUACAUCGAGUACAGAGCGAACGAGAUCACGGUCGCGGAAUUGAUCGAAGCCAUAGAGGACAUGGGAUUCGUGGCUUCUUUGCACCAGGACGAUAGCAACCGUGACGACAGUAAACGGAACGGUUCUCCGUUAGAAUCCAGCAUCGGUACUUGCAGCAUACACGUCGACGGAAUGACUUGCGCGUCUUGCGUGAAAAGCAUCACAGGCGUUUUGUCGGAGAAGCCGGAAAUAAGGAAAGUAAACGUCAGCUUAGAGAACAAGGAAGCUGUAGUCUCUUACAAUACCAACGAUAUUACGGCUGAGCAGAUAGCACGGUGCAUCGAGGAGAUCGGUUUCGAUGCAUUCGUCAAGGAAGUGAACGGCAAAGUUCUCGAGACAGCGGUGACGAUCGUGUCCAAGAAUAAUAAUGUCAAAUACGGGGAAGUUUCGUUGCAGCUGAACGGCGCCGGCGACGUUAAUGUUAACGAUAAAGUAGCAAAAUGUUUCCUGCACAUUACGGGAAUGACCUGCGCUUCCUGUGUUGCUGCCAUAGAAAAGCACUGUAAAAAGUUGUACGGCGUAAACAAUAUUUUGGUGGCGUUGAUGGCCGCCAAGGCAGAGGUCACGUUCGACCCAGAGAAAAUAAGAGCAGCCGAUAUUGCCUCCAGCAUAUCCGAAUUGGGCUUCCCUACUACUUUGAUCGAGGAACCGGGGACUGGCGAAGGAGAGGCUGAAUUAAAAAUCACAGGUAUGACGUGCACGUCUUGCGUAAAUAAGAUAGAAUCGACCGUGAAAAAGCUGCCAGGCGUUCAUUCGGCUGUGGUCGCGCUGGCUACUCAACGUGGUAAAUUCAAAUACGACGUGGAGAAAAUUGGCGUCAGAGACAUCAUCGAAUGCAUCAACAAGUUGGGUUUCACGGCGACGUUGUUCAGCAACAGGGAUAAAGAAAACAGGGACUAUUUGGAUCAGAAAGAAGAAAUAAACAAAUGGCGAACAGCGUUUCUGGUGUCUCUAAUCUUUGGCAUACCGUGCAUGAUAGCCAUGACGUACUUUAUGGUCGUUAUGUCCGCCGGCGAUAAAUCACACAAGGACAUGUGUUGCGUGAUACCUGGUCUCUCUUGGGAGAACUUAAUUCUUUUUAUAUUUUCUACGCCUGUACAGUUUUUCGGCGGCUGGCAUUUUUACGUUCAAGCUUACAAAGCUUUGAAACACGGUACAACCAAUAUGGACGUUUUAAUUUCUAUGACCACCACGAUAUCUUAUUUGUACUCGGUUGCCGUACUUACAGCGGCCAUGGUGAUGCAAGAAUCCUUUAGCCCACAGACAUUUUUUGAUACUCCUCCGAUGUUGUUAGUGUUUAUCAGUUUAGGAAGAUGGCUGGAGCACGUUGCGAAGGGCAAAACUUCGGAGGCCUUGUCGAAGUUAUUGUCGCUGAAGGCAACGGAUGCAGUUUUAGUUACCUUAGGUCCGAACAACGAAAUAUUGUCCGAACGUUUGAUCAGUAUAGAUCUGGUGCAACGAGGGGACAUAUUGAAGGUAGUGCAAGGUGCCAAAGUUCCCGUUGACGGUAGAGUCUUGUCAGGGCACUCCACAUGCGACGAAAGUCUGAUAACGGGAGAAAGUAUGCCCGUACCAAAGAAGAAGGGAUCGAUCGUGAUCGGCGGUUCGAUAAAUCAAAAUGGUCCGCUUAUGAUUACUGCUACUCAUACGGGAGAGCACACGACAUUAGCACAAAUCGUUCGAUUAGUAGAAGAGGCACAAACGAAUAAAGCGCCUAUUCAGCAUUUGGCCGACAAAAUAGCGGGUUACUUUAUUCCCCUCGUUAUAGCUGUCUCUAUAGUGACUUUAAUCGUUUGGAUAAUAGUUGGAUAUUUAAAUAUAGAUCAAUUGCCGAUCGCGCACAACGGUUACAUUAAUAAACACAGCAUGAACAGGGAGGAGACCAUAUUCCAGUAUGCUUUUCAAAACGCUCUCUCUGUAUUGGCGAUAGCCUGUCCAUGUGCAUUAGGAUUGGCCACGCCAACGGCUGUUAUGGUCGGUACCGGUAUUGGUGCACUGAACGGUAUUUUGAUCAAAGGUGCUGAACCGUUAGAAAAUGCACACAAAGUUAAGUGCAUUGUAUUUGACAAGACUGGAACGAUAACACACGGUAUGCCAAUGGUAACAAAAAUAAGUUUGUUCGUGAAUGAAAGAGUCUGCUCGUUAGCAAAAUUAUUAGUUAUCAUUUGUACGGCUGAAACGAAUAGCGAGCAUCCAAUUGCGUCCGCAAUUGUUCGUUACGUAAAGGAAACGAUUGACUCCGAAGCAGCCGGAAAGUGUUCCAACUUCCAGGCGGUCGCCGGUUGUGGUCUCAAGUGCAAAGUGUCGCACAUCUCUGCUACAUUGAACGAUGCUUUAAAAUCAGAAAAGAUCGUCAACUAUGUGAAUCAGGCGAAAACAUUGUCUUCCGGAACGUAUAAUUUAAACAAUGUGCCUAUCGACGUGUUGUCGAUCCCGAGCAUGAGCCAAGAAAGACAAAAUUUAAAUCUAGAAUUAUUGUUGAGUCCCGAUUUCCACGGUGACCAAACCAGUCCCGACGAUGUGUACGAAAUAUGCAUCGGUAACAGGGAAUGGAUGCGAAGAAACGCAGUAAAUAUACCGCAAGAGGUGGAAGCGAGAAUGACUAGCGAGGAAGAUUUAGGUCGUACUACGGUCUUAGCAGCAAUAAAUAAUGUAUUAGUGUCUAUGAUCAGUGUAGCUGAUACGGUCAAGCCGGAAGCCCAUCUGGCAGUUUAUACUUUAAAAAAGAUGGGUUUAGAAGUAAUUCUUUUAACAGGUGAUAAUAGGAAGACUGCCGCCUCUAUUGCCAGACAGGUUGGUAUUACCAGAGUGUUUGCAGAAGUAUUACCUUCGCACAAAGUUGCAAAAAUUCAGCGUUUACAAAGCCAAGGCUUGAGAGUUGCAAUGGUAGGAGAUGGUGUCAACGACAGCCCUGCUCUUGCCCAAUCAGAUGUUGGUAUCGCGAUCUCCUCUGGCACGGACGUUGCUGUGGAAGCUGCCCAUGUAGUUCUCAUGCGUAACGAUCUCUUGGACGUUAUUGCGUGUCUGGACCUGUCUAGGAAAACAGUUCGUCGAAUAAGACUGAAUUUUUUAUUUGCCAGUGUUUAUAAUCUACUAGGUAUUCCUAUUGCUGCUGGAAUAUUCAGUUCUUUUGGAUUCUUUUUACAACCGUGGAUGUCAUCGGCGGCGAUGGCUUUGAGUUCGGUCUCUGUAGUUGGAAGUUCUUUAUUGUUGAAAUUAUAUCGUAAACCAACAAAGGCUACUUUAGAAACUCCCGAGUAUUUAACAGCGAUGCACGCUCAUUCCACGGCAAGAAUGAUCGAUUUAGACACGAUAUCCCUUCAUCGUGGUUUGGAUGAUUCUGUAAUACCAAUUAUGCAUAGAUCUACCUCGACGCUGUCCAGGCUGUUCAGAAGAUCUAAAGACGAUGUGGAGGGUCGACUACUCGGUGAUGAUGUAGACGAAAUUGAUCCGGUAACGGAUUUCUCUGGAUAUCGCAAAAACGUAAAGGACCAUACAAACGUAAUACAACCCUUAAAUACACCAUACAAAACAUAGAAUCCUUUAGAACUUGUAAGAAUGUCUUUCAUAAAAUAUUUCGCUCGCCUAUAUACAGGGUGUUCGGCCACCUCUAGCAAAAAUUUUAAUGAGCGAUAGUAG